UCUCUUUCCCGUUCACCAGGACAUUUCGGCUGGUACGAGGAAGUAACAGUUUGGGGUGAACUAAAUGUACUGUGUUGAAGGGACAGUUAUAGAAUUUCAAAACAUUUGCCGGAGGUUAAAGGUGAAAGGCGUUUCCCAAUCAUAGAGUACUGCAUAAAGACACUGAAUAAUGUGAGGAUGUUUGACAGGAAAGGAAGGUCCUGUUAUCGCCGACACACACACACUGUAACACCACGUCCGGCCACUGCGACAGCACCGUGAACAUACGCUGAUAGGACAAUGGUCGACACCUACUCUAGUUCACAUACUGUGUGUAUAUACAACUGUCAACAUGGCGACGAUUUAUAGCUAGACACUUAACGUGUUGAAUUUACAUCAUGUGACUGUCGCCACCCGUCCUACCCAUUCACAGCGUCAUGCUGGGAGAUUUAGAGUCGCGCAUGUUGAAUUCUGUUGACAACCUACUUGUUCUUGCUGAUAUAAACAGCAAUUACGUCACGGAUCAAGCCCCACAAACGAGGUACACAUGUCGGUGUGACAUCGGGUAGCUGGUGGAAUACUCUUGCACAGUCAACGUGUUGAUUCGAGAUACAAAUCCAGGCUGCAAUGUAACAAUAUUUGCUACACAAGGUGAGCAGUCACUCGUGACCUUGAAAUGGAGGAGCACAGCAAGAAGUCUCACAGGCCAUCACUUAGCUUCUCCCCGUCAAGUUUCAUUUCUCGGUUGAAACCACGUAACAACACCGACCCCCCACCUAGCCCUGUGGAGACUGAACAUGAUGCAAUGCUGGCAUCAGAUCCGGAGCUGGAUGUGGAACCAGGUCUACCUGUGCUGAAGGAGCUACUGGGAGCCAAAGGCGCCCUGGCGCUGAAACAACAGGAGCGGAACCGCCAGGAAAAACUGAAUGAGCUGCUGCACACAGAGAGACUCCACGUGCGAGUACUAAGGGUUCUGGAAGAGAUGUUCCUCAAGCCCCUUCUGUCUGACUAUCAACAGGUGGCACAUCACUUGUUUCCGGAGUUGGAACAGAUAUUGAGUUUUCACAGGGAGUUUAACAAACAGCUGCAGGCGGCACGAGAUGACUCCCUCAUUAUACAGCAGGUGGCGGGCGUCUUUCUGUCCUUGUUUGACGGCGACAGGGGGAGGCAGUACAGAGGAGCGAGUGCUGAGUAUUGUCGCAAGCAGAGUCAAACACUUCGGGAUGUGAAGAAAUGUAAAGAUCCACACCUUACACAACUUAUCAGUAAAUCAGAAAGCAGUCCUAUAUGUCGACACAUGAAACUGAAAGACAUGGUGUCAGCUCAGAUGCAGCGUUUGGCACAAUACCCAGUGUUUAUUGAGGACAUCAUCAAAUAUACUGACGCAGAUUCCGAAGAACUCCGUCAUCUCGAAAAAGCUCUUCAAGAAAGCCGAAACGUUGAAGCAUUUGUGAAGCAAACUGAGCUGGAAUAUGACAACUACUACAGGUUGUCAGAUAUACUGGAAAUGUUGGACAAGUCGUCAAUAGACAACUCGCCAAAAAGCUAUCUGUAUGCGGAAGUCAGGGAUCUGGACCCAAAGCGAAACACCCUUGUGUAUGACGGAGUGUUGUCCAUGAAGUUGCGGUCACAUCGGACGAUGGAUGUGCAUGUGGUGCUGCUGGAGAACAUAAUGGUGCUGUUACAGAAGCAGGAUGAUAAACUGGUCCUGUGUCACUUUAACGAUAAAGAAACCUACAAAAGCAAAAGCCCUCUUCUCCAGCGACAGAAGCUGAUGGCCAGAGAAGAUGCAGCAGAUAAGAAAGCAUUCAUGGUGAUAAACAGCCAAGCGUACAAGCCGGAGAUGUACCGGUUCGUGGCUCAGUCCCAGUUGGAGAGAGACAGAUGGGUAAAAUAUCUCAAUCGGUCUGUAACUUGCCCAGUAUCAACGCCACCCCAUGGAACCAAGGACCCUAGUGCAGAACCCUCACAGACAAAUCCAAGCAAAUCAAAUCCUACAUCCCCACCACACAAACUGAUGCAGAUCGGCUUGGAGACAGCUGAUUCACUGAUUCAGGCACAUGAAGUUUACAUAUCAGAUCCUGUAGUGGGGCAGGCAGAACAGGUCCUCACCCCAAUAGAGAAACUGAAGAGGAAUGAUCAAGCUUUGAAGGCUUCAUUGGAAGAACGGAAGAGCAUAUUAGCAGGCAUUAAGGUUGUGACGAGCGGUGACCAUGACGACCACCAUAGCAGCAUUGGUCUGAUAAAACAAGCAGAAGAAAUAAAUACUCAACUGACGCAGCUUGUGAUAGACUCGAAGGGUUUAUCUGCUCCAGACACAUCUCAGUCACUGUCCACGAGCACCGGACAGCAGAAGGUUACUCUCCCUAUUCCCCUAAAACAACUACUGGAAGUGACGUCAAAGAUGAAUCAGUGUAUCAACAACUUGCAGGUCGUUCUCCAAAAUCAAAGCUACGAGAAGAAGCGACUAAUACGGCAGUUAAGUGAGACGAAUGUGGAACUGGAAAGCGUCAGUAACUCGACACAACCUACACAGGACGUAUCCCCGGAGGUCGACGUGGACACCGCCGACAGAGAUGCAACACAGCAACCUCCUGUAGAUGAAGCACCAGAUGGAGACAGCGAGGAAGAGCAGGAACGAGAACAGGAACAGAUUAGCCAAGUGGAGCAGGAAAACGUCGGAACCAAGACUCAAAAUGAAACUGACCUUCAUGACAACCCUGUGCAAGAAUCUAAUGACAUGACUCCGCGCAGUGAAGGGUUGAGUUUGCCCAGACCUGACGAUACCUACACGGAAGACAGUGCUGUAAACUCGAACAUAGAGGUUGUUUCAACAACUGAUUCUCUUGGCGAUUUAACGAUGGAGAGUUCCUGUUCCAUGCCCAGUAGCUCCACAUAUGCCAUCAGUCUAGAGGACCUUGGAGACACAGACACAGACUCCGUCCAGACACUGGAAGGUGUUGUGUUGCCAGGAGGUGUAUAUGCUGAAGACCUGGUGGUCGAGGAACAAACCAAGACGAUACCCAACAGUGAGAACAAUGACACCAAGGCGUCUUCAGACGAGACGUCGGGGGAUCUCACACGGUUUUACCCGGACUUCCGAUUGUGAUGAUCUGACAGGCGUUUGUUCCCGCAAUUGUUACACUGAUGUCAUUUGUUUGUUUCUCUAGUUUGAAAUAUUUCAAGUUUUAUGACCACUUUUUAUGAACAACUAAAAUACCGAACAUAUUACAUCGAUAACACGUUCCAGAAAGGUUGAUGGAAUGCUCACUGUGAGGAAAGAGAUCAUGGACUAUACACUUUUCUGUUAUACUUGCCUGUAGACACUAUUGUACCUUUCAUUUCGGCAAAUUAUCACUAUUAUUUACCAAGUGCACCUGUACGCUGCACGAAAUAAACAAUGAAUUCUGUCCUUUUAUUUCAAACUCUAAUAUGUUGUCCUUUUCACACUAUUGUUUACUGUUUACUGCAAGCAUGGUUGGAAUUUUUUUAUGCCACCAAACAGAAUAUAAUCACUAUUGUCUGUUGGGAAUUGUUUAAUUGUUUGAUAUUUUUUACCCUUUUCCUUGGUGUCGUACCUCUGUUAUAAAACAUGAUAGUGUCGGCGGCUCCGAACUUCAUUUUGCAGAGGAGCACCCCAGAUGUAAGUCAGGACCCUUUGAUCGGCUUCCAGGAUAUAAUACCUGGCUUGUCCACAUCACAGCAUGGUAAAGGCCUAGGCCCUUCAUUGCCUCGGUCUCCCCUCGAAAAUGAAACGGAGGCUAGGCUCUGGCAAUUUGGUAGUCCAGCAUACUAUAUUACCUUCCCAGAAACACGUUUAUGUGGUUACAUGUUGUCUGGUGAAAGUCUUUAAUGAAGAAUUGUCAUUAAAAUCCUUUUCUCUAUGA